CCUGUUCCAUCUGUUUUUGAAAUUCCACCCACUCGGGAGCUACAAAUGGAUUUUGCAAAACUUAACCAAAAAGAAGAAGAUGGUAAUGAAAGUGCUUACUCAACAUUCAGGAAAAGUAAUAUCUAAAAAUGACUCAGUGGUUUUGAGACCUGUGACUGAAAUCCCCAUGCAAUUUAGAAAUAUUUUCAAAGAGUUCCCGUAUUUUAAUUUUAUUCAGUCUAAGGCUUUAGAUGAUAUCCUUUACACAGACAGAAAUUUCGUAAUCUGCGCACCAACUGGUUCUGGAAAAACUGUGAUUUUUGAGCUUGCAGUUACCAGAUUAUUAAUCAAAGUGCCAAUACCUUGGUUAAAUAUUAAAAUUGUAUACAUGGCUCCAAUAAAAGCUCUCUGCAGUCAGCGCUUUGAUGAUUGGAAAGAAAAAUUUGGACCCAUUGGACUUAUCUGUAAGGAGCUAACAGGAGAUACAGCAGUGGAUGACUUAUUUGAGAUACAGCAUGCUCACAUUAUUUUGACUACGCCAGAAAAGUGGGAUAGCAUGACUAGAAAGUGGAGAGAUAACUCUUUAGUUCAGCUAGUGAGACUUAUUCUCAUUGAUGAGGUACAUGUUGUAAAAGAUGAGAGCCGGGGUGCUACUCUUGAAGUUGUGGUCAGCCGGAUGAAAACUAUUCAGUCUUCUUUCUUACAAAGUUCUGACAAUCCUAGCUCAAUAUUUCCCAUGAGAUUUGUGGCAGUUUCUGCAACAAUUCCAAAUGCAGAAGAUAUUGCAGAAUGGCUUUCAGAUGGCAAGAGGCCUGCUGUAUGCCUGAAAAUAGAUGAAAGACACCGUCCAGUGAAGCUGCACAAAGUUGUGCUUGGAUUUCCCUGCAGUAGCAAUCAAACUGAAUUCAAAUUUGACUUAACACUUAACUAUAAAGUAGCUAGUGUUAUUCAAACAUAUUCUGAACAAAAGCCAACACUUGUGUUCUGUGCCACAAGGAAAGGAGUUCAGCAAGCUGCUUCUGUACUAGCAAAAGAUGCUAAAUUUAUUAUGACUAUAGAACAAAAACAAAGAUUACAAAGAUCAGCAAAUUUAAUAAAAGAAACCAAGCUUAGGGAUCUCCUUAUUUGUGGAGUUGCUUAUCAUCAUGCUGGAAUAGAAGUGUCUGAUAGAAAAAUUAUUGAAGCAGCUUUUAAUAUGGGAGACAUACCAGUUCUUUUUACUACUAGUACACUUGCCAUGGGAGUAAAUUUACCGGCACACCUGGUAGUUAUAAAAUCAACAAUGCAUUAUGCUGGAGGAAUGUUUCAAGAGUACAGUGAAACUGAUAUUUUGCAAAUGAUUGGGAGAGCAGGAAGACCUCAAUUUGAUACAACAGCAACAGCAGUUAUCAUGACAAGGCUAAGUACAAGAGACAAGUAUGUUCAUAUGCUAAAUGGUGCAGAUACAAUAGAAAGCAGUUUGCACAAACAUCUAAUUGAACACUUAAAUGCUGAAAUAGUGCUUCACACCAUCACUGAUGUGAACAUAGCUUUAGAAUGGGUGAGAUCAACUUUCCUCUAUAUCAGAGCUUUGAAGAAUCCAGCUUAUUAUGGGUUUUCAGCUGGGCUGGACAGAAAUGGAAUUGAAGCAAAAUUACAAGAACUAUGUUUGAAGAAUUUGAAUGAUUUGUCAUCACUUGAUCUGAUCAAGAUGGAUGAUAACCUCUACUUCAAGACCACAGAAACUGGACGACAGAUGGCUUGGUAUUAUAUUGCAUUUGACACUGUAAAAACGUGCUUCACGAUUAGCGGAACAGCAACUUUAUCUGAACUGGUUGUAUUGAUAUCUGGUUGCAGUGAAUUUUCAGACAUCAAGUUAAGGACAAAUGAGAAAAAAGUACUUAAUUCCUUGAACAAAGAUAAGAAGUGGAUGAACAUAAGAUAUCCAAUGGAAGGAAAAAUAAAAACAAGAGAAAUGAAAGUAAACUGUCUUAUUCAGGCACAGUUAGGAUGCAUUCCCAUACAAGAUUUCACCUUGACGCAAGAUAUAGGAAACAUUUUUAGAAAUGGCAUAAGACUUACAAAAUGGUUAUCUGAAUUUCUGGCUACCCAGCAAAACAACUUUAUUGUAUUACUAAACGCUUUGAUUUUAGCAAAGUGCUUCAGAUGUAGACUUUGGGAAAAUUCACUCUAUGUAUCCAAACAGCUAGAAAAAAUUGGCAUGAGUUUAUCAAAUGCAAUGGUGAAUGCAGGACUGACAUCCUUUAAAAAAAUAGAAGAUACAAAUGCAAGAGAGCUUGAAUUGAUUUUGAACAGACAUCCUCCUUUUGGAAGUCAGAUUAAAGAAUCAGUAGCGCACCUUCCAAAAUAUGAACUUAACAUAGAGCAGCUGGCAAAGUACAACGAAGCAGUAGCUGAAAUCAUAGUGACGAUCAUAUUAACCAACUUUGAACAGAUACAGAUAAAAAGAACUGCUCCAGAUUCUCAUUAUGCAACCCUAGUAAUAGGAGAUAAUGAUAAUAAUGUGGUUUUUAGACAAAGGAUUAUGGAUUCUGCUUUGCUGAAAACUGGAAACUGGACUAAAAAGAUUGAAGUGAGAAGAGCUGUUAAUUCUGAUGAGCUUAAUAUAAAUCUAAUCAGUUCUGAAUAUGUUGGAUUAGAUAUUCAGCGGAGAUAUAAACCAUUUUACUUGGGACCAAAGAAGGUUGGAAUCAUGAUCACUCAUGGAAAAUCUGAUAGCUCUCAGAUAUCUUCAAUAGGAUCAUCAAAAUUAAGAACAAAUAAAGAAGCCACUUGCAGCCAAGAAUCACUAAGCAUAAAGAAUGGAAAUAGAAAAUGCAAUCACCACUGCAAAAAUAAAGAAACAUGUGGACAUGAUUGUUGUAAAAUUGGAGUUUCAGAGAAAUCUAAUAUGAAGAAUGAGUCAGCUUUUUCGUCAUAUCUUACUGAUUUACGAAACAGGAAUGGAGAAUCUGCUAUUCCCCCAGUCAAGCGACUAAAGAUGCAGAUGUCAAAUAAGUCUCAAAAAGUCGAUCUUAAACAAUUUAGUUAUAUUCCAAAAGCUUCUCUUCCAGGAUUGCCAAGAUUAGAACAUGUACAACAUCCAAGAUCCCCUUUACCAGAAGACAUCUACAGUUCUAAUGUCUGUCAAACAUUUCAGUUGGAAACUGAAGUUCACAAAAUGAAUGGUUUCUUUGCUAUCAAGGAGUCUGAUGAAAAGAAUAACCUGACAAUGAGCUCACAUGAAAGUCUUGAAGAAUCUUCAAUGAGCAACUUGACUGAUGCAGAUAAAAGCAUCUCUUUGUUUUCUGAAACUUUGAAUGUAAAUUUUGAAUUAGGAAAUGAAAUUUGGAAUGAUUAUAAUGAUGGGCGUUUUGUACAUAGCAAUGCUAAUAUGCAGAAGUUAAAAAAUCCAGGAAAUGAAAUUUGGAAUGAUUAUAAUGAUGGGCGUUUUGUACAUAGCAAUGCUAAUAUGCAGAAGUUAAAAAAUCCAGAUAAAGCAAAACCGGAUAUCUGUUUACAAAAUUCUUACUCUCCUUCACUGACUCCUCCAUCCAGUAGCAAAUUACAUAUAGAAUAUGGAAAUAAAAAUAUUUUUAGACUUCAAGAAGAAUAUAAUCCACCAGAAAAUCUGAAAACGGCACAAUCAAUUACCUCAGAAACAACCUUGAGAUCUUACCAAGUUGCUGGAAAGGAAGACUUUUUUAUUACAAACAGAACUAUGACAAAGGGGGAUGAUCUUAGGCAUCAGCAUGAUGAUAAUGGUGAUAUUAAGCCUUUUCUUGGCAUAUUUGAUGGCCUUUUCUAA